AUGGCGGCGAGGCGCGGCCCCGCGCGGGGCCCGACGGGAGCCCGGUUCGAACGGCGCCGGCGGGCCGCGGCCGCUAUGGCGGAGGAGCCGCCGGAGGACGGCGCGGCGCGGACCCUGCCCAGCCUCAGGCAGCUCUCCCGGGGUCUGCCCUUCGGACGGAGCCACGGCCGCCUCGGCAUCAGCGCCAGCGGCCGCCUCACGCUGCCGGCGCUAUGCUCUCAGGAAAACUUGGACGCGCAGAAAACAGCGUUUGUGCUGCGCAAGGCCUGGACGCUGUACAGCGUGACCCCCCUGUACGGGUUCCGCCGCGGCUGCCUCAGGGACUACGCGCGGCUGCUGAGCGCCUUCAUCGCCGCCGAGAAGCAGAAGGGGCUGGCGGUGGAGGUGGGCGUCGAGCUGGACAUCAAGGUGGCCCUGUCCAGCCUGGCCGACCUCCGGGGCAGCGAGCUGGACCAGGCUGGCCUCCUGGUGCAGCUCUCUUCAAGGUCCCGAGCUUCCUCCAGGAACUCUGAAGACAAACUGCUGUGGUCGGGCUGGUUCUGCUCCAUGUUUGGAGAUGACCUUUCCGAGAAUGUGCCGGAGAACUUCACCUGCCUGCCCCUGUUCCUGACCCACGGCGCCGAGAGCUACACGGCCUUGGUUGGAAGCUGGUUCCAGAAGACUUUUGACUGCUGCUUCCGCCGCCUGGCCAUCAGCCCCCUGAACCUCAGCUGGAUGGUGGCCAUGUGGGCUGGCUACAAGCUGGAGAGAGCUGCCUCUGCCGUGGAACUCGUUUUUUCCAUGCCCCGCCUGUCCCAUCCCCUGGAUAUUUCAUACGCCAUCCACCCAGAGGAUGCCAAAGCUCUGUGGGACACGGUGCAAAAAACACCAGGAGAGAUCACCCAAGGAGAGGUGGCUAUCUUCAUGGAUUGCCUUUAUGCCCACUUCCACAGGCACUUCAAGAUCCACUUGUCAGCUGCGAAGCUGGUGAAGGUUUCCACAGGGAUUGCCUCAGCACACUGUGAUGGGAUUGUAAAGAUUCUACACAGCCAAUACCUGCCUGGAGUGCUGAUGCUACUGACUGAACUUGCCAUCUCUCAGAUCCAGUGAGAGCCAUUUCAGUAGCUCUUCACACUAAAAAGACUUUCUGUUUGGACAAUCUGUGCUGAGAAACCACCAGGAAACUCACUCCUGCAGCAUCUUCUUUCCUCUCAUUCUGGCUGUCCAAAGUCAGACUGUAACUCCAGGACUUGGCUGUGUAACUCUAUGCCAUGCACAGCAAAGCCAAGCAAACAUUUCACCCUGAAGCUGUCACAAUGCAAACUUGUGACAGCUGCCUGAGCAGCUUUGUUUUCUGAGUCACUCAUUUCAUUUAUGUGCAGGUAUCAGCUCAGAGACAAACAGUGCAAAUUCUUGAUGCAACUUACUGACAGGUAUUUCUGUUUCAAAGUUGGUUUUCACUGGACAGCCUAAGCUACAGACCUUGGCUAAACUGACUACUCUUGGGCUAGUCUAAAUGCAAAGUUCAGCACACCUGAUGCAUGCUCUACAAUCCAGGGCAGAAAAAUCCAAGUUUCUAAGUCCCUUUUUAGCUUGUUAAGGGUGUUUGGUAAUGAUGAUAAUGUUUAUUUAUGUUCCAGUUGGGCAUGAGAUUGGACACAAGGCACUUGUCAGCCUGUUGGUCCUCUCAGGCAAGUUAAUAGAUAGGAAAGUGAGGUGUGGAUAAGCUUCACAGUUAUUAGGCUUAGUCCUGAUGUUUGUAAUCUUGGAUGUAAUCCUGUGGGCCAGAGAGCUCUCAGGGUUAGAGCUCUGUGCUGUAAUUUAAUGUUGGAUCCCUCCCUUCUGGAGCAGGUAAGAGUUCAGAGGGACAGUUAAGGAGCAGAAAGUAGCACCUGUUGAGACAUUUUGUAAUAUAGUGCUAAAUAAAGAAAAUAUUUUCCGUAUU